GUACACUGGAGAUACUGAGGAUGUGGAACUGCAGUAUUACAGAUGAAGGCUGUGCUGCUCUGGCUUCUGCUCCGAGGUCAAACUCCUCAUCACACCUGAGAGAACUGAAUCUGAACGGUAAUAAUCCAGGAAAAUCAGGAGUGAAGCUCCUCUCUGAUCUACUGAAGGAUCCACACUGUAACCUGGAGACACUACACAUUAACUAUAAUAAACUCACCAGGACGGCGUAUGACAGGAGUCUCACCUCAAACCUCUUCUCCAGGAUAAAGCAGUCUUGGUGAAGAGUUAGAACUGGUCCCACAUUUCCAGCAGUUUGGGAGCUGAAUCAUUGAACUUAAAGGGCAGAGCAGAAACAAAGUCAAGAACAGGCAGAAGGUCAUACACAGGAGAAAUCAACACACGUAACCAAAUAUCUGCUGUACAAAGUGACGGCACCGAUCUGCCCCGGGGAUGGAGACUGACGAGGCUUAAGUACACGUCCGGAAAUGUACAGCCAACUCAUCCCAAAGCACGAGGCGGGAGCAGGCACGUACAAGAUGUGAUCGUCCAAUGGCAAGCCGGAACAUGAUGCAUUGCAGUGGACUGGGCUUAAAGAGAGGAGACAAGACACCCAUCCCUCCCCUGACAUAGACACACGAAUGGAACAUAGUACAAACAGAAAUACAACUGAGGACGUAACAAUGGUCAAGUAUCAAAUAUAAUGUAAACUUGCAUCGAUGAAGUUAAUGUUGUUAGUAAUUGUUCAUAAAUUACCAUGGUAACACAGAGCUCCAAGGUAUAAAAAUAUGGAGUUUGUCAUCAACCAAACAGUAACCAGUUUUAAUACCUAUAAAAGUUUACGUAGUAAAAUUUAGCAAAGCGCUUUACAGUAAAUUCAAAUGUAAAAUUAAACUAAUGAAAUGUUGUGCAGCACAUGCUUAUGUUAAUUUUUGUUACAUUAUAUGAUCAUAUAAAUAAAUAAAUACUCCCAAAGUCA